CGAAUUGGUUGGGAGGGGGGGGGGGUUCCCUGGAGUGCGCGCGCCGAGCCCAGUGUAAUAAACCUCGGGAGACUGGGCGGCGAGUUGUUUGGUGCCUCCUGUGAGUGCUGGACGGCUGCAGAGACUCACUGUGUCCUCUACCUGCUGUUGGGAACCUCUCCCUACAGAGAAGGUCCCAAUCCUUGCCCCACAUCCUCGCUCUAGGACUAAGAGCAGCGCGUGUCGCCGUUGGAGGAGGGGGAGGAGGCUCCGCUGUUGCUUCCUCCUGGCUCGCUCUUCCUCUCUCUCCACCCAUGGAUAAUAAGCCCCUCUUGCAGGAGAGGCCGCCCGCGUACGCUGCAGUGUCAGAAGGGGGCUACGACUACGGCCACGGCCAGACCUACGGGAGUAUCCCACCGCCUGGAUACCAGCCUCCACCGUACUCUUACCCGGCCUCAGGAUAUGUACCACCGGCCCCUGCAGGUAUCCAGCCCCCUGUCUGCCCAGGGCCAAACUACUCAAACACUUACACUAUUAUCCAGCAGCCAGCUGCAGCUUCAGUUGUAGUGGUGGGUGGCUGUCCAGCUUGCAGGGUUGGUGUUCUGGAAGAUGACUUCACUUGCCUGGGAGUGUUGUGUGCAAUAUUAUUCUUUCCAAUUGGGAUCCUAUUUUGCUUGGCACUGCGACAACGGAGAUGCCCAAAUUGUGGAGCCAGCUUUGGCUAACUGGAUCAAAGAACCAGCCUACCUGUGGCCAAAUUUAAAUAAUUUUUUACUGUAAAUUCUCCACCAUUGUGUAUAAACUACAGAUGACUUGCCUUCAUUCUGUGAUUUAGUUUAAUAGAAAUUGAGAUGUGAUCUUUAAAAAGAAAAGCAUGACAAUUGAAUGCCUGCAAGUGACUAGUACUGAUAUUUUUUUCCCCCUUAUAGUUGAAAUGUACAGGCAAAAAAAUAGAUUCUUCACCUUACUGGUUCCUUGAAUUGCAACUGAAAAUGCUACAAUUAAAUUUGCAUCCUCGUA